CGUUGCCAUGGUUGCCAGGCAGCGUAUUGCGUCAGUGCGUACGGUGGGGCCUGGGUGCGGGAGCUGUGCGGCUUCUCCCGCCGAUCCCGCAGAUGCUGCCUGACCUGCUGAGCGUUCCCAAUACUUUCUGUUUUUCCAACAUCUUCAGGAUCUUCCCGUUGUAAUUAUUGUCAUCUUCACAUUCCCAAUGGCGCUGUUCACAAAAGGCUUUGUGCCUCUGACUCAUACAGCAGAAGCAAUGAGCCGGAUGUUCAGUACCUCAGCAGUCUGUGCAGCCAUACAGAAGAUGACCAGGGUGCGGGUCGUGGACAACAGUUCCCUCGGCAAUACCCCGUAUCACAGGCCACCCAAGUGCAUUCACGUGUACACCAAAAACGGCAUUGGCAAAGUAGGAGACAAGAUCUUGCUGGCCAUCAAAGGGCAGAAGAAGAAGGCGCUGAUUGUCGGCCACAAGAUGCCCGGUCCUCGGAUGACACCCAGGUUCGACUCCAACAACGUGGUGCUCAUCGAAGACAACGGGAACCCAACCGGGACGCGCAUCAAGGUGCCUAUCCCCACCAGUCUGCGGAAGCUGGGUGGCGAAUAUUCAAAAGUACUAGCAAUCGCUCAGAAAUUUGUCUGAUUGGGAAUCACCAACUCUUGACUGUCAUGCUGAAAGUGUCAACCACUUCCUGCAGCUUAAAUGUCUGCCGUUCUUGCUACUUUGUUCCAAGAUUUGAAGUUGGUUUAGUUAUAUCAAAUGUUUGUCUGUGCAUUAAAACUUUUAUAAGUC